GGACUCCAAGGCAGGCCAUUAAGUUCCCCACCUCCACCUCCCCUACCUCUCCACAACUGUGAGAAGAAGCUGAGUUCGUGAAUACCGGUAACAGUACCAGUCUAAGAGUUAGAGAGACGGAAAGAGAUAGAGUUUGGGGUUUGAGUUUGGUGGAGAAGUGAGGAGCUGAGAAGAGAAGAGGGAGAGAUUUCUGAGGUUUUGUGGUAUCUUAAUUCUUGGGUGAGGAAUUUUAGUUGUGAAGAGGGGACGGGAGUUGGGUUUUUGUGGGUUUUAUUUUUUAGGUGAGUUUGUUGUUGGAUGGGAUAUAGUUGCAGGGAAGAACACGGCCAUGCGAAAGUCUUUUAAGGAUUCCCUUAAAUCACUUGAAGCCGAUAUUCAGCAUGCGAAUACUCUGGCUUCUGAUUAUCCAAGGGAAUAUGAUGGGGCAUGCCUUCAAAUGCGAUUAUCUUAUAGCCCUGCUGCUCACUUAUUCCUUUUUCUACUUCAGUGGACUGAUUGUCACCUUGCUGGUGCCCUUGGAUUGCUUAGAAUACUGAUUUACAAGGCUUAUGCUGAUGGAAAAUCCACUAUGUAUAUUCACGAAAGGAAAGCCAGCUUUAAAGAAUUUUAUGCCAUAAUAUUUCCCUCUUUAUUGCAACUUCAAAGAGGAAUCACCGAUGUGGACGAUCGGAAACAGAAAGAACUCUGUUCCACCAGAUACAGAAAGAAGGAUGAGAUGGACAAAGGUAAAAUGUCCGAGAUAGAUAUAGAGAGGGAGGAGGAGUGUGGAAUUUGCAUGGAGAUAGGCAGUAAGGUCGUCUUGCCCAAUUGCAGCCAUGCUCUGUGCAUGAAAUGCUAUCGAGAUUGGCGAGCACGGUCGAAGUCGUGCCCCUUCUGUCGGGAUAGCCUCAGAAGAGUGAACUCUUGUGACCUUUGGAUCUACACUGAUAGCCAUGAGGUAGCCGACCUGUCUGCAAUCUGCAGGGAAAACUUGAAGAGAUUGGUGCUGUACAUAGAUAAACUGCCACUAGUUGUUCCGGAUCCUGUCUUUGCCACUUAUGAUUCUCACCUCAGGUGAGGAGGGGUUUGAUUGUGAAUGCUUGAAACAAGUUGUACAUAGAAGCCUGGUUGUGUAGAAUUCUCCUUCUCACUCUUCCUCUUACGCUGUAAAUACUGAUUGUUUUAACAGGCUUCAUGGUUUAAUUCCUCUAUUAUUUGGUCAUUCUAAAUAAAAUAGAUUUUGAAUUUUUCUGAGUUCCA